CACCGUUCGACAAGAAAAAGACUCGACGAAAUAAAAAUCGAGUGUCUUCGAGGGGCACUCUCGAAGGUUUAAAGGUGUAGUGGUGCGCAAAAGAACUCACGUCAUACGUCGUCGGUCGGUGUACGCGAGUUUGACUUGCGAGUUGUAAAAGACGACUGUGUGAGCUUUCUGGCGAUAAUUUCGGCGGAAUAAUUUGGCCCGGAAAAAGUCGGUUUUUCGCGUGUUUGGAGUGGUUUAGGCUGGUGGAAGCGUAAUCGGUGCGUGGUGCGUGUGGAUUACCGUCGAAGGAGACUUCCGGAAGUGGCAGCGGGACCGAGUCUGAGACCUCAGGGGGCCAGGCCAACUUAAGGACAUAAACGUCACAGCAGCAGCAAAACAACAAUGGAGAAGCGAGUAGCGCUGGAAAAACGCGGCCUGCCAGAUGACCAGAUCACCGAGCUCAUCCUGGACAACUGCCGCAGCACAAACAUCGAGGGCCUUACGGACAGCUUCACCGCGCUCGAGGUGCUCAGCCUGAUCAACGUGGGCCUCACGUCGCUCAAGAACUUCCCCAAGCUGCCGGCGCUGCGCAAGCUCGAGCUGUCCGACAACCGCAUCUCGAACGGGGUCAGCCACCUGGCGGGCAGCCCCAAGCUGACACACCUGAACCUGUCCGGCAACCGGAUCAAGGACUUUGACGAGCUGAAGCCGCUGAAGGAGCUGGAGAAUCUGGAGGUGCUGGAUCUGUUCAACAACGAGGUCACCGCCACCGAGAACUACCGGGACAAGAUCUUCGAGCUGAUCCCGUCGCUUAAGUAUCUGGACGGCUUCGACCGGGAGGACACGGAAGCGCCCUCGGAUGAGGAGGACGAAGCCAACGGCGGUGGCGAUGACGACGAUGAAGCCGCAUGUUUCUCCAUCAACGGGAUCGACAUCGAUCUGGACGAACUGGAGCGGUUCGAGGCCCGGCUGAGGCAGAAACGUGCCGUCGUUGAAGAGGCCGUCAACGGGCUAGAGUCCCGGUUGGGUCAGCUCGAGCUGAGGCUCGAUGCGGAUGAAGAAGAGCAAGAAGACAAAUCCGAAGCCCAUGCUGCCGACGAUAGGGACGAUCUAGACGAGUUGUACGAAGAGAUACAGCGAAAAAACGAAUCCGAAAGUGCCGUCGCACGCAGUGAAAACCCCCCGUCGCUGGGGGCACUGCUGGUCGCGUUCCUCUCCCUGUUAGCGUUCCUCAAUCAGAUCUGCUUCGUUCAGCGGAACCAGCAGCUGAUGGAGAACGUCGAGCUGGAUGAUUCCUCCGAUUAUGAUGAGGAAGACGACAAUGAUAUCUCGCUGGCCGAUGUCUACAAUGACAACCUCGAGGAGGACGGUUCGGACUGGAACGAGGAGGACGGCGAGGGUGACGACGACGUUGACGAGCCCACGGACGAUGAGGAGCAUGAUGGCGAAGGCGACAGUGACGGUGAGGCUGCUGGCGGCGAAGGUGCAGAAGAGAAGGCUUCCUCGGACGCUGAGGGCGCAGAUGCCGAAGCCAGGGGUAAGAAGCGGAAACUGGACGGUAACGACGGUUAAAUCGCAGACCGUUUGUAUUCUUCUUUUUCGAAAAACAAACAAAAAACACACACCCCCUUUUACUUUAAUUAUUAUCGAUAGUGGUAACCGUAAGUUUCGACUGUAAGAAUACAAAAUAAUACUAUAAAGAAAGCGGAAGGUUUAAAACAAAAACACAAAAAAAGAAUCCAGGAAUGAAAGUAUAAAAACCACAAAUUUACAAUAAAAAGAGCAAAAAACCAAUUGUAGCGAAGCAAAACGUGCGGCAUUCACAUUUACAGAAAAUCAAAUCGCGAUCACCUCUGUCACACACAAACACACACACACGGUAGUAGCAGCAGUAUAAAAGAGGGAAGUAAGAGAUUAGUAGGAAAGAGAUCGCGUUCGUGCGCGUGUGUUGCGGUUGCGAUUUUUACGCGCAAUCAGAGCCAGAAUUUAGAAAGACAGUCUUAGAGAUUUUGACACACAAAAACACACCAACACUCACACUUCUUAUAGCGAAAGCAACGUGUAUUGACGAUGUGCUGAACUCGAGUCAGUUAAACUUUUAUUUGUUGAAUAAAUUCAUACGUCACAAGCGCCAAGCUGUAACAUAAA